AGAGGCUAAUAUGGCGGUGUCAGGGUGACUUUGGUGGGGCGAGAAUGCACGAUAUUAAGGGCUGCUCACUCGCUCUUUGGGGUAGUUUGUGUUGCGCCGUCAUUUCACGCAUACUCCGGACGGUACCGGUUCAGAUAAGUCGUGUGUUUGCUGGCCCAAACACGCGUUACUACAAUCUCUAAGGACUGAGUUUAGUUCAAGUUAUAAUCAGGUGGAAUUUAUUCAAUAAAAUAUACCAUAAAACGUGUAUAUUAUCUACGUGCAAGUAUCAAGAAACUAUCAAGCAAGAUUACACAAGGACAUUUUUCACGUGGACUAGGAAGUUUUAUUUUGUUCUGUCAAAGUGUAUAACAUCGUUUGUUUAUUUUAUUUAUUAUUCAGCUUUCUAUUGCUAUAACUGUGGAAAUACGUUGGAAGAUAUGGCUCAAACUUGUAAUCAAAAAAGAAAUGUGUACACUAUUGACCAGAUUUUAGGCCACGCUAAAGUUGAAGAUCGUUCAAUCCCAUCGGAUAUUAUGGAUGGAGAGGCUAAAGAUGGAGAAUUGAUUUCUAUCAAAGAUCACCCAAUGCCUGAUUCCCUUGAUCUUGAAGAGCGAGACCGGCCGCGGAAGGUCAGAAGGUCUCGAACAACUUUCACUACCCACCAACUUCAUCAAUUGGAAAAGGCAUUUGAGAAAACUCAGUAUCCAGAUGUUACCUAUAGAGAAGCUUUAGCUUCAAGUCUAGAACUAUCGGAGGCACGAGUCCAGGUAUGGUUCCAAAACCGACGAGCAAAGUGGCGCAAAAAGGAGAAGACAAUGCCUAGAGAUCCAAAUUAUUUACAUGUCAGACAAGGAGACGUGAAUGAUUUGUCGCUCCAUGCGCACUUGCUGCAGUCAGCUGGAGGCCUAACGGGUGGUGCCCCAACGGGACCAACAGCCAGUGGAUUCCCGUGGUAUAUUCCAUCAGUUUUUCCAACACCUUGGUCAUCAAAUACUCCUAAACUGCCAUCUCUACAAGCUGCAAUAUUAUCACAAUAUAUGGGUCUACCUCUUCCUCAGGGUUUCGCAUCCUUGAGUUCCAUUCUUCCAUCGGUCGGUUUUAAUUCCGCCAAUAUUCUUGCCCACUCACAACUACAACAAUCUCAGCAACGUGAUCAAGUGAAUUCGCCAAUUCCUCAAAUUCAUCCGUUGUUAUUGGAUGUUCAAAAUCUUCCACAAAAUUUAAGUUCUAAACAUGAUCGUGAUGAUGAUUCAACAUCUUCUGAAGAUGAAAUGCGAAGACAGAGUGCUCAAGUCCUUAGGGUGAAAGCUGAAGAACUUAUUCGAAAAUCAGGAAACUAGGAAAGGAAGGAGUGGAGUGACGGCAAGUUUACCAAAGAUGUGGCUGAUUAUUGAUGAUGACAAGAAUGAACAUGAAGACAUCUGAAAUUAAAAAUAAAUUUUAAAAGUGAAUUCAUUCAGAAUUAUUAUUAUUAUUUUAGUUGUGAGUUAUUUGUCAUAUAGGGUCAAUAAUACGUGUGAAUCACUCAUCGACAAUCCCGCAAUGGUUAGUGAUACAAUCUAUUUUCGAGGCCAUGUUGAUUGUUAUUAAUGUAGUGGUAUAUACUGUCAAUAUACCACAACCACGAUCUGUUUCAGUAAUUAAUUUUAUUUAUUUUUUAAUUAUUCGUUCGUUUAUAUAAUUGAUACUUACCUAUCUUUCAUAAUUUAUAGAUAUAAAUUAUUUUUACAUUUCAUCGGUAUGAUUACAUUAUGGUUGAUUUUAACUCUAUUUUUUUAACUAUUUAUUUUUAAGUAAUAUUACAUCGUUGUGCGAAUAAUUAUU